AUGACAUUUGGUAUUUGUAAUAUCAUUGGCAUUCAUCGUCUUCACAGGGGUGAAAAAAAUUAUUCAACUCCAUUAUUAUUCAAAACAUAUGCACAAUGGUCCUAUUUGCAACGAAAAGUAUUUGAUUGUCUUAUUUGGUGUCAUUUAGCUCAUGCACUUGAGUUUGGUAUUGCACUUUUAUGUUGGUUUUGGAUUUUUCCAAUGACAUUUCCUGAAGCAAAUGAAUGGCAUUUUAGAUGGACAUCUCGAAUUUUUCUUUAUAAUAUAAUGUGUGAAUUUAUCAUUUAUUCAUUUUGGCAUUGGAUGACUCACUCACGUAUGAGUCCAUAUCCUCGAGGACCGUUACAUGAAAAAAAAUUUAAUCCAGUCAGUGCUUAUGAAGAAAAAGGUCAACGUCAUCUGUUAAGAGAAAUAACAUUUACAACGCUUAGCUGUGGUCGAUUACCUUAUUAUGGUGACUUUUGGUCUCGACCAUUCUCUUCGAUUUUUAUUCUUUUGGGUGUUACUUAUUGGAGGAUUCAUCGUUUAAUGCAUCCAUGGUGGUCUAUUCAAUAUGGUUUACGUGAAGGUGACAUUGGCGCAUUUCUCUAUCGUCAUUUUCAUAGUCUUCACCAUCAAAGUCGCAAUCCUGGUCCAUGGUCUGGAUUAUCUAUGCAUCCAGUUGAACAUUUAGUUUAUUACACAUGCACUUAUUUUCCACUAAUGUUUUCAUGUCAUCCACUUCAUUUUCUUUAUGCUAAAUUUCAUGCUGACAUUGCACCAAUUGGUGGUCAUGAUGGUCAUAAUGAUCCAGCUGGUGGUUCAGAUUUUCAUUAUUUACAUCAUGCCUAUUUUGAUUGUAAUUAUGGAGGGCCAUUAAUUGAAUUUGAUCGUUUAUUUGGUACUUACAAAGAAUUUGUGAAGAAACCAUCAACAAUCAAUAAAACUCAAGAUUAA